AUGGGAAACAGGCUUGACCUUUUGGCGCAAUUAGACGGUGUGACUAUCCAACUAUUAAAAUCCCGUGCGCCCAAAGUCUCUGCUCGGGACUUGAAUUUCUUGAAGGAACGAAUGUCAAAGGAAGAAUUGUUCCCUGAUGUUGAAGAUGCUCAGGACCGCUCUGAAAUUUGGGACCGAUUACAAGAGAUUCAGUACCCCAUACCGACGCUGGAGACAUUCUUUAAAGACAGGCUCACCCUGGAGGUCGGCCGGAGUGUGCUACAGCAACUCUACAUUCCUGAUCCCCAUCGGAAGAUAACUAUCGACGAAGGACUAGGGGAACAAUAUUACACUAGUGUCCCUGUCAUGACUUCAAAUCGUCAGCAUGGAAUACGGGGGGAUCUUUAUGAUUUCUGGCGUUUCAGCUUCCAGUACGGAUUCGAAAUGACGGAUCACAACCGCCGCGUGCCGCGGACAAAACCUGGCACGCAACGCGCGGCAACACCCGCUGAAGGACUUAACAUGCCUGAACGAUGGAAUCUUUGGCAACACCUCUUUCGGCUUGCCAGGGAAAAAGGUUUUAGCACCCCUUUUGUGGAUGGACUCCAGGCUGAGCCAGUUGAAUUACCUCGCCUCACGCCAUGUGACUAUCCCGCAAGUGCGGACGAAGAUCUGCCGGUGGAAAGACGAUAUGGAAAGCCAUAUACGGACUCAGUGGAGGCAGAUCAGUUUGCACUUUCGCGGGAGGUAUUAGAACUGCCUUGGAGCUCUCCCCGAGUUACUGCAGGAUUUGCUAGGCGAUCGGUGUUUUUGGCAUAUUUCCGCUAUCUCAAAGAUGUUCCUGACAGUCAAUUCGUUCCCCCAGUUGAAACCGACGAUACACUUCCUCAAGAAUCUUCUCCCUGGAAUCCGAACUUUGACGACAUGAUUCAAAAUACAAUCAUUCCACCAGAAGAAAAUGAAGCAACUGUGUUCCCCGUCUUUUCUACUCCGCAGUUUGAUCCCACAUUGGUUACUGCGGCUACGGAGAUUCAGCCACCGAGCUGCUUCAACAUGAAAUUUAUCAUCCCUGGAGAGCCCGAUAAAGUCGUACAGCUACCAAAUAUUCAAUCUGCUUUGAAUAAAUUCUUUGAGGGUUUCUCAAGAAAUCAUUUCUAUAUAUAUUCUCCCAAUAAUCCAACACGGGGAAUCAAUGGGAGAGAUUGCUAUUCGCUGUACCUAGGAAACCAGUUCCUACUCUUGCACGCCGAGUAUAUAGGCGAUGAUGUUUCUCAAACGGUAUUCCACGGGUCGACUGAACGAGAGGAAGGAAGAAGGAGCAAGAAACGACGUAUGAACGACCGACAUGAAAUUCUUGGUGCCAAAGAAUGGUUGGACUCGAGCCUCAAGGAGUUGGCCCAAGGAAACCCCGCAUAUCGAGACCAGAUAGAUCUUCCGGGGGAUGAAGAUAAUAUAGAAUAA